AAAUUUUGUUUUUUUAUUUUAGAAAGCAAACGUGUUUAAUAAUUCGUAACUCCUGUUUUAUGAUGCUACCCAAAACACCCAAGCCCGCCAUCUGGAAAUUCAUCAAGGGAAGUGCCAAGACAUUGUUUGUACUGGAGGCAGUUUGUUUUGCGGCCAGCUACGGUGUUUAUUAUCGCAUGAACACGAAUCGAGAGUUCCGCCAACACAUCCACGAAAACUAUCCCUUUGUACUGGAUUAUUACUAUAAAAUCGGUGAAAUCGUAGGCGAUUCUUCCAUUCGACAGACGGAUGCGAGCUAUUGGAGCGGCUUGAAGAAAAGCGAUUAG